GUGAAAGCACAACUGUUGAUUCAAUUCCACAAAAUACCACCAAAUCAAUUAAUUCAUGAAUCCCCAUCCUCUUUGAAUCCCAACACCCAUUUGCUAACAAAGAUCCAGAAAUGGAGUUUCAUGUCUGAAAUCCCGUACCAGAUUCAGGAAGAUGGCUAACAAGGUCUCCAAUUUUUCAGAUCUGAUCCAACGAGUUACAGCUUCCUGCUUGCUUCAUCCACUUGGUUCCGGCCGACGCUUUGCCGACGACGUCACGGAUACACACUCAGGAGAAGACGAUUCUGAUUAUGAAGAACAUAACAAGUCGGAAAAAUACUACGACGACGAUGAAGAGGAUGAAGUGUCUCCCGCGGUGAUUGAGCAAGCAAAAGGAGAUGCCUAUAAAACAGAGAGGCAGAUGGAAAUGGUGAUGUUGAUGAGUGAAGUGUUUGAAACGGUGUCGUCUAUGAAGAAGGCGUAUGUUAGUCUACAGGAGGCGCACUGUCCGUGGGAUCCAGAUAAAAUGCGGCUGUCUGACAUGGCGGUUUUAGCGGAGAUGAGGAAGCUAGGAGUUUUGAGAGAGCGAUUUCGGAGGAGUGUCGGGAAAGUCGGUGGCGGCGGUGCGACGGAAGCGACCAAGAGAACGGUUGCCGGACUUACACUGAGGGAGGUGGUGGCGCCGUAUGAGGCGGCGAUGGAGAAAUUGAAGACGGAGGUGAAGAGCAAGGAGGCGGAGAUCGAAAACUUGAGAGAGAAAUUAAAAACGGCCACCGUGCUCAACGGCGGUGGGAGCAGUGGCCGGAAAAGUAGGUCUCACCCUCAUCAUCAGUCAAAGAAAAAAGUCAACUACAGUAGUCAACUUCAAGUUUCGCCGUCACCGAUGCCGGAGGUUUUUGAAUCAUGCAUAAGCUCCGUGAAAGAAGGAUCGAAAUCAUUCACAUCACUCCUCCUCUCACUCAUGAAAUCAGCACAUUGGGACAUCGCAGCCACCGUUAGAUCCAUCGAAGCCUCCACUACCACCACCGCUGGUGCGCCGGCCGCCGUAAGAGAUUCAAUUGUUGGACCGAAUCACGCAAAAUACGCUCUCGAAUCAUACGUGAACCGAAAGAUCUUCCAAGGAUUUGACCACGAGACAUUUUACAUGGACGGGAGCUUAUCAUCUCUGCUAAACCCUAACCAAUUCCGAACCGAAUGCUUCACGCAAUAUCGCGACAUGAAAGCCAUGGAUCCGAUUGAGCUUCUCGGAAUCCUCCCAACCUGCCAGUUCGGUAACUUCUGCUCGAAAAAAUACCUCUCCAUCGUCCACCCAAAAAUGGAGGAAUCAUUGUUCGGAGAUUUAGAACAACGGCGUCAGGUUUUGGCCGGAAACCACCCAAGGACCGGGUUUUACGGCGAGUUUCUGGUGCUGGCGAAGGCGGUUUGGCUUCUUCAUUUGCUUGCAUUCUCAUUGGAUCCACCCCCAACUCAUUUCGAAGGAAGUAGAGGGGCGGAAUUCCAUCCGCAAUAUAUGGAGAGUGUGGUGAGGUUUCCCGGUGGGAGGGUGGCCGCCGGCCAUGUGGUCGGGUUUCCGGUGAGUCCGGGGUUUAAGCUGGGGAAUGGAUCAGUUGUAAAAGCGAGGGUGUAUGUUGUCCCUAAGAGUGAAUUAUAGGGGUAGAAAGUGUAAUAUUGUAUAACUGAGGGAAAUUGAUUGCAGGGUCUGUGUUUGUUGUGUAUUUUAAUCUAGAAAUGGAAAUGGAAAGCAACUAGACCCAUCUAUGACUUAUUGCAUUCAGACAA